AACAAAUGUGAUAAAAAACAACAACAAAUCGCUGUAGCUGAAAUUAGUUUCAUCUUCUGCUUACUUAGCAUAUAUAGUUAAAAUUAUUUUAUCAAACUAUAGUUUAAUUUUUUAAUAUAAAGUGAAUAUUAAAUUUUCUUAUUUGAGUGUAGCUCUACAGUUGAUUUUAUAAUGUUUACAUUAUUACUUUCUCUUUUGUCAUUUUCUCUAUACAGUGUAUCAGCUCAAGAAGAUUGCCCUAUACAGUACAGUUGUAAUAACACAAACUUUAAUGAGAGCUUGGUGGAAAACUAUUGCAAAAAUCAUGAUUCUAACAUGAGUGGCAGGUGUUGUAUUUCCAAUGAAACUGUUAUAGGAAUGGACUUGAGGUAUUGCAAUAUAAAAACAUUGAACAUUUCACAGCCUGUUUUUGAGCAAGUAGAAAUUUUGGAUUUAAGAGAGAAUGAUUAUGAAAAAUUAACUAGCGAUGAGCUGAUUAAUCUCGUGAAAUUAAAUUAUCUAUAUUUACCUCAACAUAUUCCUUGCCCAGGUGGCCAUAUAGCAUGGAAUAUUACUGAAAAUGACCAUAAUAUGACAUCUUGUAUGGGCCAAUUGAAUCCUUGUGUUUCUCUGAAUAUAUCUUGUGGAGAAGAAGAGGAUGCAAAAUGUCAUCAUUUAGGCCCCGGAACUGCAAAAUGCAUCUGUAGCCCUGGUCAUUUUGGUUACAAAUGUUUAAAUGAAGGUGAAUUUCCAGUUGCUAUAUUCAGCAGUUCGGUUGUUUUUCCUGCUAUAGUUUUAAGUAUAGCUUUGUGGUUCAUACAAGGACGAGAUCCAUACAAAUUAAGAGCAAUAUAGAAUUUUUAUUUUUAGCCAUUAAGUGCCUUUCUUUUUGUCUCUACAAUGUGUUUUGUUGAUUGUUAAACUGAUUUGUUGAUUUUAGAAGAAAAUAUUUUAUAUAUCAUGACAGACUGUGCAUUUUCAAUGACAAUGAUUCUGUACAUUGAAUUAAAUGUAUUCAUCAUAUAAAAUUAUUUAUUGCAACAUUUUGUAAAUGAAGCUAAGACCAUUCCUUUUUUUAAAUAUUAAUAUUAUAAAAAAGUUAUAGUAUUAUCCUUUUUAAUCUAAAAUAAAACUGAAACAAUUACUGUUCAGAGUUUUUAUGAACAUGUUUUCUAUUUGUGUUUUUUUAAAUGAAAAUGUGAUUAUUAAUUUGUCAUAUUUUAAAUUUUGUAGCUCAAGAUGUAACUUUUAUUAAAUAAAUGCAGUUUCUUAUUUUAAUGCCUGAGAAAAUGUGAAAUUCAAAAUAUAUUUAAGUUAAUACUUAUAAAUAUGUUAUUUUUAAAUGAGCCAUUUUAACAUGACAGCAAGAUAUUCAUUUAAUUUCUUUUGCUAUCUGAACAAAUUUAAAUUAUUGAUACCCUUAGAAUUAAUAAAAAGAUUUUAAAAGUAAUCACCAUUAGUUUUUUUUAACCCUAUUUUCAGGCUCAAUAUUGAAUUUCUUGUUUUCUAAUCUUUAAGGGGGGGGGGAGAAAAAAAGGACAUUCCAGUUUCUUUCAAAUAUAAUAUUUUACUAGUCAUAUGUAUGUGCUGAAAUAUAUAAAAUUAAUUUCCAUACAUUUUCCUUCAUGUAAGAUUAUUUCAAAGUUUAUAUUGAAGAUUGGUUAUUCUAGCUUUUUAUGUAUAUCUUUAUGUUUAAAUAAAAAGUAUUUUGAAUAAAUAAAAGCAUUUUUUUAUAAAUUAUUUGCAAUUAGAAAAAAUACACGUUUCUAAAAAGUUAUAGCAACUAUUGCACCAAAAUCAGUCAUGAAAUGAAAAAUAUUUUAACCAAAUAAAAGAUGAUUCAAUAUUUUUUAAUAAGUUGAAUUAAGAUUUCAAUUUUAUUAUAAAAAAUAACAUUAUAUGAAAACAUCAAAAAUUAUUUGAAGACUUGCAGCAUUUUUAAUAUUUUGUUUCCAUCAUCCUUUUAAAAAUUAUCUGUAUUGAUAAUACAAAAUUUAAUAAAUUUGAAAUUUCCAUAUUUAUAGCAAAUGCAUUUGAAUAUGAUUGUUUAAUUUUACCUACAUCUAACGUAAGUCAAAGCUGAAAAAUAAUAAUAAGUUAAUUUUUAUUCGAUUUGUGGUAGCAUCAAAAUAUGCAAAAAAAUAUUUCAUUUAAAAAUUGAAACAAUGGAAUAAGCAGCAUUUAUUAAGAAUCUCCUAUAAUUCUGAAUAGACAUAUUUUUACAUAGUUUAUGCUUGGCGUAGUAUUAAAAAGCAUAUUGUGGGAAUUUUGCAUCUAUUUCAUAAUUUCCUUUUAAAAAUAAGUUAAAUAAAAACAUUUGAAGAAUUUGCUUUUUUAAAAUUAUAAUGAAAGGAAAAAAUAAAAGAUUGGUUCUAAAUUAUUACUAUUUUUCUAUACAAAAAAAAAAAAAAACUGUUUUGGAAAUGUGAUAGAGCAGUUAGUUGACACAGAUCAUAAUGAAUGGGAAAUUUUUGAUUUAACAGCAACAACUACUUUUAAAUUUAUAUAAAUUAUCUAAAUCAUAGCAUGAAAUUUGAAUGAAUCUUGAAAAUGAUAUAAGCAAAUAAAAUUUAGAUGACUGCAUGUUAAAUGUUCUACUUCUGGAAAUUUGUUUUCAAAUUACAGUCAUUAGAUGUCAGUCGGGAUUAGCUGCCCUUCCUAAUCCCAGAUGGCAGCACAUUCCCGUUGUCUUAAAAGUUAUGCAGAAUUUUUGUUUGCUUGGAAGUUAAGAAAAGUAAAUGUUCACGUGGAGUGCGAGCGAUCAGUAGCUCACGAGGAAAAGCACAGCAAAUUUAUUUCAACAAUCACGUGGAAACCCAGCAAGUUUCUUGUGAAAUAAAUAGUUUUUGAAGAAAAUUUUUAUUGUCUUUAAGAAAUAUUCAUAAUGUGAUAUGGAAUUGCUUAUCAAUAAUUGUAUAAAAUUAAGGAAUGCCUCGAUGUUAAUAAAUGGAUGACUAGUCAAGAAAA